ACUCAUCGCUGCCACAUUUUUCUCCAUCCCCCUCUUUCUCCUCUCUUUCUUCCAUCCUUCAAUUCAAUUCCUUUGUCCUCACUCUUUCUCUCUUCUCCUUCCUCCAUGUGAACAUCAUCUUUUUUUUCUUCUUCUUUUUCUUCCUACCUUCAACCUUUCUUCACUGCUUACCCUAUAACCAACCCUUUUCCAUAACUCUCCUCAAAACAACCUUUGUUAUCCCUCAAAAGGCUCCCUUUUAAGGCAACAAGCUUCUGCUUAUACCCCAAAAGCAGAUCUAAAUUAACUGCCUUUAUCUUCUAAUUAUACAUAUAUAGCUAUAGCUUCCCCAGCAACUACCACACCUCACUGUGACGUACGCACAUUAGCCUUGCCACACCGCCGUACCAGCUUCAAGAAUCUAAAGAGAAAUUAAAGGAUCCAAACUUGGAUCGGAAGCCGAAUUCAUCGAAUUAGUAAAAGGGUCUAAGAAAAUCUAACUCUCUAACCCAAUAACAAAGUUGUUAUUACUAUUAUUAUUGUUGUUGUGUGUUGUUUUGGGGGUUGUGGAGAAAUAUGCCAGCCGGUAUUAUGAUUCCGGCGAGAAACAUGAUGUCAUCGAUGAUCGGAAGGACCAACAAUGGAAACAGCCUUGGGGGUGGGUUUGGAUCUUCGUCUUCCUCUGGACUCUCUCUUGGCCAGGUUAAUUAAUUGAUUGAGAACCACAACAAGGGUUCGGAGACACAUCACCAAAGAUCCAUGGAUAUGUUUCAAGCCAACAUGAUGGAAGGUGGUCAAUUGCACCACCACGGCCUCGAGAUGGGUCAGAACACGCCGGAGAGCGACGUCCCUAGAAUCCGAGAGGACGAGUUCGACAGCGCCACCAAGUCCGGCAGCGAGAACCAAGAAGGUGGCGCCUCCGGCGAGGACCAAGACCCCCGCCCUAACAAGAAGAAGCGUUACCACCGCCACACUCAGCACCAGAUCCAGGAAAUGGAAGCAUUCUUUAAGGAGUGUCCGCACCCAGAUGACAAGCAAAGGAAGGAACUGAGCCGUGAGUUAGGGUUAGAGCCAUUGCAAGUGAAGUUUUGGUUCCAGAACAAGCGCACUCAAAUGAAGACGCAACAUGAGAGGCACGAGAACACUCAGCUAAGGACAGAGAACGAGAAGCUGAGAGCGGAUAACAUGAGGUAUAGGGAGGCUCUUAGCAAUGCCUCUUGCCCCAACUGUGGUGGACCAACCGCCAUUGGAGAAAUGUCUUUUGAUGAACAUCACUUGAGGCUUGAAAAUGCCAGGCUAAGGGAAGAGAUUGAUCGGAUUUCUGCCAUUGCUGCAAAGUACGUGGGGAAGCCAGUGGUGAACUACCCACUCCUUUCAUCAUCCUCAGUUCCAGCACGUCCGCUAGAACUCGGCAUUGGUGGUUUCGGUGGGCAAGCGGGCAUGGGUGGCGGCGACAUGUACGGAGGAGGUGGAGCCGGAGAUCUUCUGAGGCCAAUAAGUGGGCCCACUGAAGCAGACAAGCCAAUGAUAAUAGAGCUGGCCGUAGCGGCCAUGGAGGAGCUGAUUGGGAUGGCACAGAUGGGUGAGCCUCUUUGGUUGACCACACUUGAUGGUGCCACCACUGUGCUUAACGAGGAUGAAUAUGUCAGAUCUUUCCCCCGUGGAAUCGGACCCAAACCUAAUGGAUUCAAAUGUGAGGCUUCACGAGAAACCGCUGUUGUCAUCAUGAACCAUGUUAACCUUGUUGAGAUUCUCAUGGAUGUGAACCAAUGGUCGACGGUUUUCUCUGGAAUAGUUUCAAGAGCGGUGACUCUAGAAGUUCUAUCAACAGGGGUAGCAGGAAACUAUAACGGUGCCUUGCAAGUGAUGACGGCGGAGUUACAAGUGCCUUCGCCGCUGGUGCCAACAAGAGAGAGCUAUUUCGUAAGGUAUUGUAAACAGCACGCGGACGGCACGUGGGCAGUGGUGGACGUGUCGUUGGACAAUUUGCGGCCUAGUCCUUCGGCCAGGUGCAGGAGAAGGCCUUCUGGUUGCUUGAUUCAAGAAAUGCCCAACGGCUACUCCAAGGUCAUAUGGGUUGAGCACGUUGAAGUUGAUGACAGAGGCGUUCAUAGUCUCUAUAAGCAGCUUGUUAGCUCUGGUCACGCCUUCGGUGCCAAACGCUGGAUUGCAACCUUGGAUCGCCAGUGUGAAAGGCUCGCUAGUGCCAUGGCAACUAACAUUCCCACCGUUGAUGUUGGAGUGAUAACAAACCAAGAAGGGAGGAAGAGCAUGCUGAAACUGGCGGAGAGAAUGGUGAUAAGCUUUUGUGCUGGGGUGAGUGCUUCAACGGCGCACACGUGGACAACGCUUUCUGGAACGGGUGCGGAUGACGUCAGAGUCAUGACACGUAAGAGUGUGGAUGACCCUGGAAGGCCACCUGGCAUUGUUCUCAGUGCUGCUACUUCUUUCUGGCUCCCAGUUCCUCCUAAAAGGGUCUUUGAAUUCCUCCGUGACGAGAAUUCCAGAAGCGAGUGGGACAUCCUUUCCAAUGGUGGAGUUGUUCAAGAAAUGGCACAUAUUGCUAAUGGAAGAGAUACUGGAAAUUGUGUCUCUCUCCUUCGAGUCAAUAGUGCGAAUUCAAGCCAGAGUAACAUGUUGAUAUUGCAAGAGAGUUGCACGGAUUCAACUGGGUCAUUUGUGAUCUAUGCUCCAGUGGACAUUGUUGCCAUGAAUGUGGUUCUGAAUGGAGGAGAUCCUGACUAUGUGGCGCUUCUUCCUUCUGGCUUCGCUAUUCUUCCGGACGGGACAACGCCCGACGGAGGUAGCGAAGCCGGUGGACAUGGUGGUUCUCUCUUAACUGUUGCGUUUCAAAUACUGGUUGAUUCCGUUCCAACCGCCAAGCUGUCUCUUGGUUCUGUUGCCACUGUUAACAACCUUAUUGCUUGCACUGUUGAGAGAAUUAAGGCUUCUUUAUCUGGAGAAGCUCCUUCAUAAAGAAAACCUAUGUUGUAUUAGAAGAAGGAAAAUGGGGGGUGCAUUGCAUUUUGGAGAAAUGAUGGAGGAAGGUGUAUGUUUGGGAAGUUCGGCUUAUACACAAAACAAGUUGCUAAGGAAAUGGGGGAGAAGUCAAGAGCGCACCUUAUUGCAUGAACCCUUCUUUGCACAUCGAUCAUCACCAACUUUAUAUGAUCAGUGCUUAGAGGAUUAAGGUUCGGGAAUUGACUUCCCUUGAAUAUUAUUAUACCAAACAAGCUAUAUAUCGAGCUAAGAGGCUUCGAUUAAGACCUUAAUUACUACUUCAUUCUCUUCUUCGUUCAUCACCUUCUCAAGACAAAACAACAUAAUUAAUAUUUUAUUCUUAGCUAGGGUUUAAUUUUUAUCGUUGUUCUUAGCUUUUUUGGAUAUGUAACUGGCGUCUAGCUUUAACGUACCCCCUCUUAUGUUCUUCCUUCUUCACUUGUGCUAAUCAAUUAAUAUUAUUAUUGUUGUUGUUAUUUGUGUUUUAGCACUUGCAAGUUUAAUGGAAAGCUUGCACCACUACUAAA